CAUGACCAGCACAGCAUUUUUGACUUAACUUUUAGAUAAAACUGUAAAAGCAAAGUAAAGUAAAACUUAUAAUCUGCUCUAAAUAUGGACAAGAUCUUUGAUGGUUUGUUUAUAUGAUGCUUUUAGGCCAUAUCCUUCGAGAAGAACCUCAGUUGGUCAGUUUCAACCUGGGACAAAACCCAUCGGCUGCUUAAAUUGCUGAUUGACGAUCCCUUUCCUUACAUCAGAUGGACUUCUGACUCAUACCCGUUUAUCAAUACUUGUGUCCUAGACUCAUUGCUAGCUGCUCUUCAUACAACCUACAUGAAAUAUACAAAUAUAGAAAAUCUUUUAAAUAGCAAUGAUUUUUUCAGAAAAAUUAUGAUUUUGUUCAAAGAAAAAAAGUAUAAUGACGCUCGACAUCUCUGUGUGAAAGAGCUGAGUCUUGGUAAAGUUGACCUUCGUGGCCAUGUCAAAGAUUAUUUCCCACUAUUUCCGAAACUGGCAUGUGCAGAAAUCACUUAUAACCAAAACCCUCCAAAUGAUGGUGCCAACUAUAAAGAAAUACCCAGCAUAUUUAUGAAAUAUGGUGAUGUAAAAGUUCUGGGCAACCAGUCUGAUCCAAAUCUAAUUCUGGUUCAUGGUGAACCUCACAAUGUCCUGUACUGUACUGAACUGCCACUCCAAGUUGAUGAUGAGAAGAAAAGGAUCUUUGAGCUUCAAUUUUUACUGCUUGGGAAGGAACAACACAUGACGAUGUGUUUCCGAUACUCCAAAAAUAAAUGGUAUCUAUAUGACAAUUCAACAAAGGCUCCAUUCCAGCCUUUCAAAUGGGAGAGUCAUGUAAACUAUGUCAAAUGUUUGGCCGGAUACGUCAAUAUAACCCAAGCAAACGAAGAUAAGCUUGGCAUUCCUGAAACUGGAGAAACAGCAGGAGCAAGGCCUUUUUCCAGUGAUACCAGUUCCAUCCAUUCAGAUUCAGGAUGGUCAGUGGAGGACAUGGAAGUGGAUGAUCAGCUCUCUGUCGCGAUUCCUGAGACUAGACAAGGACUUCCCAGUCCAAAGCCUUUCUAUGAAAAUCAGCCAGAGAUUUCCCCCAUAUUCAGGAAACAGGAACAGCCAAUAAUUGAUAUAGAAAUGCCAUCCUGCAGCAGCUCUGACUCUGAUUAAAGGUAUUUGCCAAAACAUUAUGUACAGUUAUUGAUUGAUUGAUUGAUUGCUUUAUUCCGAACAGUAAAGAAGAAAAAAAAAUAAAAAAUUUAAAAAAUGCAAUAAUCAAAACAUUGUCAUGAACAACCAGAAUAGCGUAGCCACAAGGCAAUAACAUAUAUGGCACCUCAAGCCAAAUCACCCAUCACACACAUGAUAUCGGUUCUGACCCGCACUCGUCCUUGUCUUGCCUUUCAUCCGUCCAUUUUUUCUCCAUUUUGCUGCUAAUCAGUGGAAGCUUGACUGAGUCAUUCCUCCCUUCCCCCAUAGGUGAUGAUGCAUUUGGCAAGGGUCUGCUCAUUUGAGACUUUGACAGCAAAUCAACUUCAACUCAAUGGCCACUUUACUAGGAAUACUUGCACACACGAUAGCAAUUAGCAUAUAAGCAUUCACGUGUUACCAUGCUAGCUGUUACCAUGUUACCCGUUACGAUAUCAUGCCUGCUGUUAGCUCGCGAGUUGUUAGCAUGUUCACCAUUAGCAUGUUAUCAUGAGAGCUGUUAACAUGUUAGGAUUAGCAUGGUAGCAUGCAGAGUUCGCAUGUUUGCUGUUAGCGAGUUCGCCUAAGCAUGUUAGCAUGCUAACUGUUAGCAUAUUAGCUGUUAGCAUGUCACCCUCAGUGUGUUAGCAUGCUAAAAGUUAACAUACUAGCCAUUAGCAUGUUAGCCUGUUAGCUGUUAGCAUGAUAGCUGUCAGCAUUAGCCUUAAAGUGUUAGAAUUUUAAUAAAUAGCAUGUUAAUCAUUAGCAUGUUAGAAUGCUAGCUGUUAUCAUGUUAGCAUUAACAUGCUAGCUUUUAGCAUGUUAGUAUGCUGUUAGCAUGUUAGCAUGCUAACUGUUAGCAUGCUAGUUAGCAUGUUGGCAUUAGCAUGUUGGCAUGCUAGCAUGAUAGCUGUUCUGCUACAGCUCAGCAAGCACACUGCAUUUUCUCUGCGGAAAUUCAGUCUAGUUUAUUUUAUAAUUAUCAAAUAAUUUUUGUUUUAGACAGAUUUAAUGAUAAUUUAUUUCGAUCAAACCAACUUUUUAACCCGCACAAUUCUGAAGAGAUUAUGUUUUCGAACUCAUGUAAAUUUGUUCCAGAACAAAACAUAUUCGUGUCAUCUGCAUAAAAGUUAUGAAGUGGUGGAAAUUGUGGUGGCACCAAUGUAAGAAGGAGUUAUAUCUAUAAAUCUGUUAUACUAAUCUGUAAAUGUUACUGUAGUACCACCAUUGCAUGUAGGUUGACAAAACUGCACUUGUUCAUUGUGUGAAGUUCUCUUUUAUGUGUCGUCGCUUGACACAGUGUAAUUUUGUGUGUUAUGAAGACUGCAUGAUGCCAUGGCAUUUUUGUUAUGAGUAUCACUGAAUCAGAAAAAAGUAAAAUGCACCCACUAAAGUCACUGUUGGUGGUGAACAAAAUUGCACCUGUUCAUUGUGUGAAGUUAUUUUUUAUGUGUCACCGUUGCUUGACACAGUGUGAUUUUGUUAUGAAGUUUGCAUGAUGCCAUGUCAUGCCUGUUCAUUGUGUGAAAUUAUGAAUAUUCUUAUUUUUAAACAUACAGUUGAGUGUCACUAUUGCUUGGCACAGUGGCAUGUUGUGUUACAUCUAAAAAGGGAAACACAAAAUAAAAAGUAAAAUGCACCCAUAAAGUCAUUGUUGGUGAUAAAUUAUGUCACAUUCAUCUCAUUAUCUUAGGCAGAGCGGUGGGUUUAAAAACAGGCUGAUGAAUAUAUGGACUAGUUGAAUGAGGACUUAUUGUUGAGUCUCUAAAAUAGUCAUUGAAUUAAGUGACUUUUGUAGGUAAAAUUAGGUGUUUAACAACCUGUUAAAAAUACACCAGAAUGCAGGAAAUGGCAUCCAAUUAAUUAAAAAUUUUCUUGGGGAGGACCCUCAGACCCCCUGCCAGUGUGUCCCCCCCCACAUUAAAAAUGCUUCUGACACCCCUGAUCCAAUGUAAUACAACUCCCCUUAUCCCAUAUUGUUCCAUCUUAUUAAUUAAUAUAUCAUGAUUAAUAGAAUCAAAAGUUUUUGGGAGAUCAAUAAAUAUCCCAGCGACAUAUUUUUUAUCAUCUAUAGAGUUACUGAGUUCUUCAGUUGAUUCCAUUAGUGCCAGCUCUGUUGAUCUAUUUGCUCUAAAUCCAUAUUGACUAUCACUGAGUAGUUUAUAUUUUUCAAUGAAUUUAUCUAAUCUGUUACUGAAUAGUUUUUCAAGAAUUUUGGAGAAUUGAGGAAGUAAAGAAACAGGUCUGUAAUUUGUGAAGUUGUGUUUGUCCCCAGAUUCAUACAAUGGAAUUACUUUUGCUAUUUUCAUAUUGCUUGGAAAUGUACCAGUUUGAAAUGACAAGUUACAGAUGUAUGUUAAUGGUUUAGAAAUCCCCCCAAUAAUAGUUUUCACUAGUUUCAUAUCAAUAUCAUUACAAUCUGUGGACAUUUUAUUACUACAUUUAUUAACUAUAUCAAUCAUUUCUCUUUCAUCUACUAGUGUAAGAAACACAGAACAAGAAUUCCUCUUUAUAAUAUUAUCAUACAAUCAUCAUUUGUUACUGGAUCAGCGAUAUUUUGAGCCAAUCUUGGUCCAACAUUAACAAAAAAAUUAUUAAAACUAUUAGCAACUACAUCCAUGUUAUAAUUUUCGAUACCUUUGUCAUUAAAGUAUUUAGGGUAAUAUAUUUGUCCAGAGCGAUCUUUAAUAAUACUAAUUAAUAUAUUCUAUAUUCCUUUACUAUUAUUUUUUGCUAUUAUCUAUUAAUUUUCCAUAAUAAUCCUUCCUACGGGUGGCACGGUGGUGUAGUGGUUAGCGCUGUCGCCUCACAGCAAGAAGGUCCAGGUUCGAGCCCCGUGGCCGGCGAGGGCCUUUCUGUGCGGAGUUUGCAUGUUCUCCCCGUGUCCGCGUGGGUUUCCUCCGGGUGCUCUGGUUUCCCCCACAGUCCAAAGACAUGCAGGUUAGGUUAACUGAUGAUUCUAAAUUGACCGUAGGUGUGAACGUGAGUGUGCAUGGUUGUCUGUGUCUAUGUGUCAGCCUUGUGAUGACCUGGCGACUUGUCCAGGGUGUACCCCGCCUUUCGCCCGUAGUCAGCUGGGAUAGGCUCCAGCUUGCCUGCGACCCUGUAGAACAGGAUAAAGCGGCUACAGAUAAUGAGAUGAGAUGAAUCCUUCCUACAUCUCCUUAUGAUACUCGUUAACUUGUUUUUAUAUUUUUUAUAUUUAUUUUCUGCCUCUUUGGUUCUUAAUCUCACCUAACAACCUGUGUUUUCUCUCCCUCUCUCCCCCCCCCCCCAAAUCUGUCCCUCUGAGUUACAUGUUGGUCCUGGGAUCGAGAUGCUGACCUCGGACCUGCCUGAUCCAUCCUGGUGCCCUGUGUCUGGUUGGAGUCUCAUCGCAUCGCUCCUGUGGAGGACGGCCCCAUGAGGACAGUUGAAAGUCACACCUGGAAGACGCUCUGGACUCUUAUAGUAAUGCUUUUAUGGCUGAGGACUACAGUUGACUUGCUAACUUUAGGACUGCAGUUCUCAUGAACAGUUUUGCACUCAAGUUUCCAUCAAUGAAGAGUUUAUAGCAUCAACAAAACUGACUUCAUGUUAAAACUGUUAAUGUUAUAGUCAUGCUGUCUGUUGUUGCCCAAACGAGGAUGGGUUCCCUUUUGAGUCUGGUUCCUCUCGAGGUUUCUUCCUCAUGUCGUCUGAGGGAGUUUUUCCUUGCCACCAUCGCCAUAGGCUUGCUCAUUGGGGAUAGAUUAGAGAUAAAAUUCUCUCAUGUUUUAAGUUGUUCAAAUUUUGUAAAGCUACUUUGCGAUAAUGUUUAUUGUUAAAAGCGCUAUACAAAUAAACUUGAAUUGACUUAAUUUAAUUUAAUAAGUUCUCUAUAUAGAGUAUUUUUCUUCUGACAGGCAUUUUGUAAUCCCUUAGUAAUCCAAGGUUGGUCAUUCUAGUUUUGUUUUGUACUAUAUUGCUUCAGUGGGCAAUUUUUAUCAUCUAAUAAUUUGAAUAUACUUAAAAAGUUAUCAUAUGCUCCAUCAAUGCUAUUCUCUACAUAAACUGAUUCCCAGUCUUGCAGUAAUAAAUCCUAACUCUUCUGGACUCAAGUUUAUGGUCUGUCACAUUUCUCUUGCAAUUACAGUCAUAAAUUGUAAAAACUGGUAGAUGAUCACUGAUAUCAUUGAUUAAUAUUCCACUUAUAAUGUUAUUCUCUAUAUCAUUGGUA